AUGUUCCCCCAGCGCAACAUCUUCCGGUUCUCCCAGCGCGCUGCUCAGCAGCUGCGUGUCGCCGGCCAGCGCCGCGCCAACAGCACCCAGAGCAACUUCCCCUGGGCCGUCGACAACGCCUUUAACCGUGAGCGGGAUGCUGUGAAGCACCACGCUGCUGAGACUAGCGACCUCUGGAGGAAGCUCGCUCUCUAUGCCGUCCCUCCAUGCUUGAUCCUCGCGGCUAUCAACGCCUACAACCUCUGGGAGGAGCACUGGGAGCACUGGGCCCACGAGCCUCCGCUUGAGGAGCGCACCGAGUAUCCCUACCAGAACAUCCGUGUGAAGAAUUUCCCCUUCGGAGAUGGUGACAAGACUAUCUUCUGGAACUCCAGCGUCAACUACCACAACAAGGACAAGCCCACUUAA